AUGGCUGGUGAGAAAAAGAAGCAACAGCCUUUCUGGCUUGGUGGAGCGGCCGCUUCCAUGGCAGCAACAUGCACACAUCCUUUGGAUCAAACGAAAUACCGCAUGCAAGUCAUGCACCAACCCAAGAACAUUCUUAGAACAUUAGUAUCAUUUGCCAGCCGUGAUGGUAUUCCUUCUCUCUGGACUGGUUUGACUGGAUCUUGGCUCAGACAAUGUUCCUACUCGACUGCUCGUUUUGGACUGUACAACUACUUUGCAAAGGAAGUCAAACAAAGAACAGGAACCACGAAACUGACCGCUGGCUGGGAAGUCGUGUGCUCUGGUGUAGCUGGUGGAGCAGCAGGUCUUGUCGGCAACCCUACAGAAGUCGUGCUCGUCAGAAUGUGCGCAGAUGGUGCUAAGCCCGCUGCAGAGAGAUACAACUACGGCAACUCCAUCCGUGCGCUAUAUAGAAUUGCAAAGGAGGAGGGCAUGUCGACUUUCAGCAGAGGUUUGACACCGAACAUUGUUCGCAGUGUUAUCAUGAACAUCUCCCAAAUCGCUACCUACUCGACCGCAAAGGACUACCUUCUCUCGAACCCCAGCCUUGGUCUGAAGGAUGGCAUCUUCCUCCACUUCCUCGCCUCAUUACUUGCUGGAACCGUCGCGACCACUGCAUGUGCACCUGCCGAUGUACUCAAGAGUCGUGUACAGAGUGCUCCCACCAUCAACGGUGUAAAGCCCAGCCUCAGCAAAAUCUUCGCCGAUUCGUACAAGAAGGAGGGCAUCAGCUUCCUCAUGAGAGGAUGGUCACCAGCAUGGCUCAGACUUGCCCCUAACACCGUGUUGAUGUUCGUCUUCAUGGAACAACUCCAGCGCCUUGUAGGCGUCAGCUCUAACCAGCCAAAGCCGGUCCAAGAAAAGAAGGCUUCUGAAGCCAUGAAGGCAUAG